AUGCCGUUGCGAGGACAGCAGCCGCGCAUGUUGGCGGUGUCGAUUGUGCUGAUAACGAUUGCGACGUUGUCGGCCGUGCUGCGACUUCUGUCACGCCGGGUCGUGCAUGUGGGCCUCUGGUGGGACGAUUGGUGCAGUCUGGUGGCUUUGGCUUUAUCGUAUGCGCUGAAUAUUGUCCAGUUUGUGAGCAUCCACUGUGGACUGGGCCAGCACACCCUCGACGUCCCGGACCCGAAAGGUGCCAUGGGCUGUUUUCUAAAGGGCUUAUACAUCAUCGAACCCUUCUACAUCGUCUGCAUGACCAGCAUCAAAACAACCAUGGUCCUCCUCUACUGGCGCCUUUUCAACACCAGCACCUCCAUGCGCUGGGCACUCUUCUUAGCUGUGGGCAUGCUGGUCGUCUGGACCAUUUGCGCACUGUUCAUCGGCCUCUUCCAGUGCACCCCCGUCGCGCGAUACUGGGAUAAGGAAUUGCCGGGUCACUGUCUCAACGGAUUGCUCUAUUUCCGGGCUAUUGCGGGCACGAAUCUCGUCACGGAUAUCUACAUCUUGGUUCUGCCGCUGCCGAUUGUUUGGAGGCUGCAUCGGCCGAUGCGGGAGAAGUUGGCGUUGAUGCUGAUUUUUGCUCUGGGGACGUUCGUCUCCCUCGUCAGUAUCGUCCGCAUCGUCCUCCUCACCUCCCCGGACGACCCCGAUCCACUAUACGACUCAACCCCCGGCACAAUCUGGACAGCCGUCGAAACCAGCAUCGGCGUCGUAAGCGUCAACCUCCCCGCCACAGCGCCCCUCCUACGGCGCUACAUCCUACGCCGUCCCAUCCCGGCACCAACAACAUCCGCAACAGCGAAAACCGCCGGUUUCCACACCUACGCCGCGACCAACAACAACAGCAGCAGCAGCAGUAAACCCUCGUAUCCACCACCAAACAGGCAAAGAAGCGCCGGCAAUGAUCCUGCCGCCACGGUGCCCGGGCGGCAGGACUCGCUGGCGAGUCUGCGGCCGUUUGGUGGCGAUGGGUCCGGGGUGAGUACAAGCUCGCAGCAGCAUAUCUUGGCGCCAGGUGAGGUUGAGCAUGGGGGUAUUGAGUUGGGGGAUUGGAUGAGUUCUUCGGGGCAAUCAUAUCCUGCUGAGUCUGGACGGAGGUGUGACUAG